AGUAACAUUAGAGCAUGUUUAUUGGGGUAUCUUAAGUGUGACUCUUAGUAUAAUGAGUAAUUAAACUAAAAGGAAAAUAGCCAUUUAUCUAAGAGGCGGGUCUUAAUUAAGGGCUGCAAGAAACGCUUCUUAUGAGACAGGUGUUUGAAAGGAAAAAAAAAAGUUGAACCCGACGAAGAAUCUGGUUCUUCUUUACCGUUGAAUCUCUCUGGCACCAAUCGUCGCAGGAAGGCUGUAUGAUCAAGCUUUGAUCGGUAUCUUCUGCCUUCCAUGGCCAACGAAGUCGAGUGCUUCCUCUUCUCCUCCGUCGACCUAGAUUCCGAAGACGAUCCGCCGCGAUUCUUCCUCCUUCUUCCCUCUCUCUCGCCUCUGUGACUCACAUCUUCUCCCAUAAGAAGUCAAUCAAGUCUAUGUUUAAUCCUUACUCUUUUAUACUUAUCUUCACAAAGCUUUGGGCUUAAACUCUAUCUCUUUCGGUUACAUCAACUGAGUUUUUUUUAUAGAACUGUGUUCUUCUUCCCAGGUGGGUUUUCUGGGUUAUGAGCUUUCGAUUAUGAAUAUUUAGUGUUAUUAUUCAAAGUGUUGUUUUAUCCUCACCAAUCACACUAUUGUUCAGGGUUUUGUUCGUCUGGUUGAACACUAUGAAGAACGUUGAGAUUUUUAUGAUCUUUCUCUGCUUAAACGCUGCCUUAUAUCUAGUGUCUGCUGAUCCACCAACGUGGCCUGCGGAUUCGGGAGGGAAGUGUAGUGUUUCUGAUGAUUGGAAGGGAGAGGUUUUCCCUGAGAUCCCUCAUAUUAAGUACGAGAUAAUCUAUCACGGCAAAAAGGAUGAGCUGUUGGAUGAGCUGCAGACGGAUCAGUGGCCUGCACAGCGGUGUAUUGGAGUGGCUUUGAGUGUGGCUGCGGGAUUGCUUGGAGCUUGUUUCCCUGGGACUGGUGCUAGGAUCGUUGCUUUAGUUGGAGGACCAUGCUCUGAGGGACCAGGCACGGUAACUCCAUUUUGUUUAUCUCCCCUUUUUUUGUAUAGGAAGCUCUUGUUUAUGACUUCAGAAAUGAUGAUAUAAACUGGUGUAUCUUCUUAAUAAUAAUCUCAAAACUACACUUUCUUAUCUUUGAUCAAAAAGAAAAAAAUUUAAUAAUUUUUUUUAAGAACUCUUAGCUUAAGAAACUACCAUUGGAGGACCAAAAUUAAGUGUUUCUUAACAUAAAUUCUUAACUUAAAUUUAUUACUAAAAUAAUGACUAAUUAAGAACCCACUUAA